AAGUCCGUCGUGAUGUUAGUGUAAAGGAUAUAUAUUGUGCAUUGUUCGCCACGUCAUUGUCGCAAUUUCUUCUCAAUCCAAAAGACCUUUGUCGCAUACCUGUUGCUGCCUCUCAUAACUUACACACUCCAACAACACCACCAUGUCGACAGAUUACAAGUUCCAAGGAUGGUUGGGCCUCGACCCUGACUGCGUCAAGGGUAAAAUGGUAUGGAAGGAGUACGAACCGAAGGAGUUUGAUGAGAAUGAUGUCGACAUCAAGAUCACACAUUGCGGUGUUUGUGGUUCGGAUAUCCAUACUUUGCGCUCUGGCUGGGCUCCCACAAAUUACCCAGCAUGCGUGGGACAUGAGAUCGUUGGCCAUGCCGUCAAGGUGGGAUCCAAGGUCAAGGGCAUCAAAGUUGGUGACAGAGUUGGCGUCGGCGCCCAGUCUGGCGCCUGUAUGAACCAGAAGGGCGAUUGCGAAGCUUGCGCCGACGGCCUCCAACAACAUUGCCCCCACAUGGUUCAGACAUACAACGACAAGUGGCCAAGCGGAGCAAAGUCGUAUGGUGGUUAUGCCGACUACUGGCGUGGACAGUCUGACCUUGUCAUUCCCAUUCCCGACGGACUUCCUUCAGAUGAGGCCGCACCUAUGCUGUGUGGUGCAAUCACUGCGUUCAGCCCCUUGACACAGAACGGCGCUGGACCAGGCAAGAAAGUCGGUAUCAUCGGCGUCGGUGGGCUUGGACAUUUCGGCAUCAUGGGUGCCAAGGCUUUGGGCUGCACUGAGAUCAUUGCGAUCUCGCGAUCGUCGUCGAAGAAGGAAGACGCUUUGAAGAUGGGUGCCACUGGAUUUAUCGCCACAGAUGAGGAGGAGGAUUGGGCAACCAAACAUGCCGGAUCGCUCGAUCUCGUUGUAUCGACUGUUUCAUCGCCCAAGAUGCCCCUGCAACAGUACCUCCAGCUUCUCCGACUGAAAGGCAAGUUCGUCCAGGUGGGCGCACCAGAGGAUGUUGUGCCUCCGAUUAAUAUGUUUCAAUUGAUCUCCAAGCGGGUGUCCAUUGGCGGAAGUUUGAUUGGUUCGCCACAAGAGAUCAAGGACAUGUUGAAGUUGUUCGUCGAGAAGGGUGUCCACACGUGGAACGUGAAUGUGCCCAUGUCAGAGGCCAACAAGGCUGUGGUGGAUAUGGAUGCUGGAAAGGCUAGGUACAGAUAUGUGUUGGUCAACGAGAAGCACCUGAAGUGAGUAAGUGAUCGGGAAGAGUGCUGGAUUUGCCGGACCCAUAUGGUAAUCCACCAAGUCACAUGCCUGGCUCUUGUGCGAUACAGCAGAACGA